AUGGUUCACGCCAACACAACAAACGACCUCGAAUUGGUCCUGGAUCGUAUCCCGAUCGAAUAUCCAGCUCUCGUAAUGGAAACGUUCCUCUCAAUUGAAAACGGACAAUCCGAACUGACUGUCGCCUCUCUACGCUGUAUGGUUACGGUGGAUGGUUUCGAAACACAGUGUAUUUGUGUGGAGUACAACGCCGGUCUGGAUCGCAGAACGAAUGGCAUCAGGCAUGAUACAGAGUGUGAUUCUGGUAGAAGUACUGUACAAUUGCCACUGCCUCCAUCAGGACUCCCGUACUCUGCUAGAUCCGUAGUCGUAUACAAGAAUACUCGUGGUCGUCCUCCUGGACUUUUGGUAGUGUCCGGAGAAGGAGUCGCGCGGCACUGGCCUUCAGUCACGUCUUCAAUUCACAGCGAAACUGUUAUCGAUUUGACAAGUGAAGUCACUCUAUCAGUACAACUUUUGGAAUCGUCAGAUAUUGAUACAUCCUUCGUUCUGACUACCACCUCCGGCUCCGUAUACCUGCUUUUUGGCGGUGCAGUGCAAACGCGGGGAGAAAUUCAGUUUGCAAAAAUUGGUUCCAGGGAAACUCGCGGAAUAGGAAGGCGCUUGUCGAAUAUCAUUUUCGGCUCUCAGGGCUCCGCCUCUGACAGCUCACAUGUUAUUAACUCGCUAGUUUUCCGAGGAGAUUCUCAGGAGGAUGGAGGUGUCAGUGCCGCCGACGCAGCGGUUGUUACGAUCUCACCAAGCUGUAUGAACUGCUUCAAUGUUGAUAAGAAAGGAUUGGCAUGGACCGUUAAUACUCGUACUUUCUUGGAGGGAUACGUCACGGGUUUUUUCGAGGUCUCAAUGACUCGGUUUGACGGCGGCGCACCAACAGAUGUUGAAUGGUUCUCAGUAAUACCUGUUGGAAGCAGUCACACGAAUGACUUCAAGGCCGAUGAAGAAUCCUGUUUUGUUGGUCGUGUUUCUCUGUGUGUACCUGGUCUAACGUCCAACUCAACCAAUUGCGAACGGACUGAUGGAGUGAUUAUCCUCUAUCCGCAGUUCGCUUGUGAUGACCGUUUCUGUUAUGUUAUGACCGUCGAAGGAGGUAUUUCCUGUGUCCGCCUCUUGCCUAAAGCAGUUCUUGUUCUUUUUAGGGGUUUCGACGAUGACUUAAAGGAUGACACGACUUUUAUUGAUGAUCUCAUGGAUAUCAAGGAAAAUGUAUCUCAGGAUGAAAUGGCAUUGCCACUGUUUAUUUCGGCAUUCGCAUCGUUUGUUGAGAAAAACAUUGUAAGUUUGCUUACAAGCAGUUUCACACCUUUUUCGGAGAAUUUUAUGUGA